AUGGGUGAUCGACGAUCAGAUUCAAGCUACGACGGCGAAAUUGAAGAUGCAAAAGUUACGAUAAGGAUGAACGCCAAAACCCUCAAUCAACUCUCUUCAUCAGCUCAAGCCGCCCAACAAAAUCGGGGCAGAAAUGCAAUUCUGAGCCUAGGAAAUGCUGUACAGAGUUUCAAAGAUAAGGAAGAGAAAGGCAGUGGUAAUCAUGGCAAGCCUGAAGAGCAAAAGCAAAAUGAAAAGGAUUAA